AUGAUAGUAUGUGUUCCCUUUUUAACGUUCUUUCAUUAUUAUUUCCACCUUUAAAGUUCGAAAUAUAGACUUUUAAGUUUCUAUGAUUAUUCGAGUUUAAUUAUCCAAAACAAUUUUAUUCAAACUUCGAUCUCUCUUUUUCAUUCUUUGUAUUAGAUAUAAAAAUUGAAAUUAUUAUGUUUUUUGGCCAAUGUAGCGAUUGCUGUUCUUUUAAUCAAAGUUUUUUUUACAGAUCGAUAGUAAGCUAUAAAAAAAUAUUUGCAGAAUGAAAGGACGUAGUGCCAGGAAAAAAAGAAGAGCGGCUUCAACAAAAAAAUCGUGGAAAUGUCGAUGCAGAUGUAAGUUUUUUUCCAGCUUAAUUUAAGAAUGUAUUUUUCUUGUAUAUUCGGAAAUGGCAAGUUUUGGUGCAAAAAUUUUUUUGAAAAAGUUCAAAGUUUUUUCAAUAGUUUAUUGAGAUUUUUCUUCAUUAAUUCAUUGGGAACAUCUUUCAUAAACAAAAUCGUUCGAUUUUUUGAAUUCUAAUCGGAAUUUCAACUUUCCAAGUUGUUUCAGAAUGGAGAUGCGCUGGACAUGCAAGAGAGGAGGAUGAGCAAGAUGAAAAAAGAAGCUGAAAGAGAAAUAAAAGAACGAGAGUUGGCCAGGUUCAUUCCGAUUUCUUCCCGCCUUAAUAAUUCUUUUAAAGACAGCCUCAUUGUCUGGUCAUUCAUCGCGGCACGGUCGGCAAGUACGUCAAGUCGUUGGAGUUGGAUCUUCGCACAGUAAUGGAGCCCAACACGGCCAAGUCGUUGAAGGUUUUGCAGGGAGAUUUGAUCGAAAAGGACGUUUUUUGCAGACUCUGAAAAGGAAUAACGUGAAGGAUUUCAUUGUGAACGGGGCCGUUCUUGGCGUCACUAACAUGAUGGUUUUGACGAGCUCCGAGGCCUCUCUCCAGCUCCGCAUGAUGCGUUUCUCGCAAGGCCCCACCCUCACUUUCAAAGGUACCGAGAUCUUUUGACGAAGGAUUUCUUGAGAAUUUUGCUGUGAUAAUUUGUGAGAAUAUAACCUGCAAGGCCACAUAGGGGUUUAGGGGUUUUUUGGCCCCUAUAGGGGUUUAGAGUCUGAUCCCUUAGCCCAUAAAGGUCAAGUAGUCCCUAUAGGGGUCUUUCAAUUUCAUUUAAAAGUCUCUUGUUUUUCCUAUGGAAGGGCUUCUUCGCUUAGAAUUCAUAACAAUUAUAACUAGCAUAUAGGGGCCACUAGCAAAAAAGCCCAAAGGGACCAGUUUUGCAAGCUUAAGAGGCCCCUUUAGGGGUCGGUGAAGUGGUCCCUGGAGGCGACCCUAUAGGGACUACUCUGGAGUUCCUAAGUCAACCAAAGAUCCUUCAGAAUAGUUACGGUCAUUUUUGAAAUGCAAAAAUAUAAAAGAAAAUAUUUUUCUUCAUUUCCAGUAAACCAGUAUUCCCUGAAUCGCGACGUCGUGAGUUUCCAAAAAAGGCCGAUCGCCACGGACAAUCUGAUGAAAAAGUCGCCGCUGGUCAUUAUGAACGGGUUCAACGACGGCUCGAAGAAGCACUUGAAGCUCGUGCAGACCUUCAUUCAGAACAUGUUCCCCUCUAUUAAUGUGGAUACGGUACGCUCUUUUUUAUUUCGUUUCAAAAUAGUCUCCUAAAUAGCUAAAUUCGAAACUCAGAUGGGAUAACUCUUACGAAAAACACGUAGAGGUUUUUUUUUGGCUCGGAAAUCGAAAUCCGUUUAAAAGAGGUAUACGAAAAUCUCACAGACAAAGUCCAAACAACCUUAAAAAGGCCUUAAAAAGAAUAGCCUAAAGCUCCUUUUUGAGUUCCUGAAAAAGUGUCAAAAGUUUCUCAGAAUCUCCUUUUUCCCAUCUUUUUCCGUCUUAUUUUUUUAUACCUCCUUGGUUCUUUUCAAAAAAAGUUCUAAAAAAGGCGCCUUUGAGGCCUUUUGAAGACUUUUUUCUCCGAAAGUCCUGUACGGUGUACCUUGAAGCGUACAAAAAAAUCAUGAUUUCGUAGCAAAAUUUUUUUUUCAUGAAAGUCCUUUAACACGCGUUCUCUGAGAAAGUCGAUGAAUCUAAAGCAAAAUAAAAAAAAAGUUUUUUUGAUUUGCCUCAAAAUGUGGUCACGGCUCACACACGUGCUUCUGAUUAUUUAGCACCAGGUUCCAGGUGGCUCCGCCCCUUUUUAAAAGAUACUAUAGACAGUAAGCUGAAAAAAAAUUAAUUUUUUUCCUGUUGAGAAUUUUUCAUUCAAAAAAAUGUUCGGAAAUGUAAGAAAAACACUAUUUUUGAGUAUUUUUUUCAGUUGCAACUUUUUUUCUAACUCGACUUCUACGGGGAGAAAAAAAUUGAAAUUUCCUCAAAAACAGCGAUUUUUUCAGUUUUUGAGCCAUAACAAGAGUAAGAACCCCCCUAUGGUACGACUUUUAUUUCUGAUUAUGAAACUAGGGGUCUUCUUCUUCAAGAAAAAGUAGUUCUACAACAAAUCCCUGGGGUGGGAUAGUUGACCUCCAUUCGACCGAAGGUGAUCAACUCGAAUCGGCUCAAAAUUCGAAAAAUCAUUUUUCUCCUAAUUUGAGGGCUUCUUCCUUCUUUUUGUUUUGAAACAAAUGACAACACUCACGUUCAUGUUCUCCACCAUUUUGGUGCUCAAAGAAAAUUUUAUUCCGAAUUUCUCGUGACUUUUCGAAUUUUAGGACUUUCGUCGAUUUUCGAUUUUUUCCGUUUUCAGGUAGUUUUUUCUGUAGGAACCCCCGAAUGUGGUCAUUAUCUUUUGGUAUAUGGAAGAGUAGGUCUUUCUGGAUAAGGAAAAAUUAGUCCGGUAAAAAUCUCUGGGGUGGCCCAGUUGACCUCCGACCGCCUGAAGGUGACGACCCCAAAAAUGGAAUUUUCACAAAGGCUCGGAAAACAACUUUUUUUGUUUCCGUUCUAACAAAAAGCUUUUUCAGUGAGACCUACAUCUCUUUUCGACACGAGUCGGAGUCUUUUCGGCAAGAAAUAUGUAUUUUUAUUCAAAUUUGAGGCUUGGCACGCUUAUCUUCGUUUUCACCGUUCUUACCUGCUCUAAGUUGCUGAAGUAACCUGGAAACCCGUUCAAAAAGAUUUUAGGGAAGCACAGCAAAUGUUUGAAUUUUUUUGAACACCUAAGCAAGGGAGAUCGGAGUGAAGAAAUGGCGAAAAAAGCUUUUUUAUCAACUUUUUCGAAAAAUAAAAACACCUUAUGACAUUCAAUAAUGUCGAUGAUUCUCAAAAAUUAUUUUUUCGCCAAAACACAGUAACUGACAGUUAUAUACUUUUUCAAUCGACUCUAUCCAUACACUUUUUUCCUGAAAUUGAGGUUUCUGAAGCUUUUAGAAGUUCUUGUGAUACAAUUCUGGCUUUUUGUGUUGCAACGUUUAUACAGACACUGUUUCAUGUUUUUCAUUCAUUUACAGAACAACUCAAGUGAAAAAAGGUUUUGAAAAAAUGCAUUUUUUGACCUAAAAAGCGUUUCAAUGCAUCUUCCGGAUUAAAGUCAGGUUUAUUAAGUCUCUCCUUUUUUCUUUCUAUUAAGUUUCAUCAAUAGUUGUUUUUUAAAGAAUAAUUGACAUUAUUGAAUGUCAUAAGGUGUUUUUAUUUUUCGAAAAAGUUGAUAAAAAAGCUUUUUUCGCCAUUUCUUCACUCCGAUCUCCCUUGCUUAGGUGUUCAAAAAAAUUCAAACAUUUGCUGUGCUUCCCUAAAAUCUUUUUGAACGGGUUUCCAGGUUACUUCAGCAACUUAGAGCAGGUAAGAACGGUGAAAACGAAGAUAAGCGUGCCAAGCCUCAAAUUUGAAUAAAAAUACAUAUUUCUUGCCGAAAAGACUCCGACUCGUGUCGAAAAGAGAUGUAGGUCUCACUGAAAAAAAGCUUUUUUGUUAGAACGGAAACAAAAAAAGUUGUUUUCCGAGCCUUUGUGAAAAUUCCAUUUUUGGGGUCGUCACCUUCAGGCGGUCGGAGGUCAACUGGGCCACCCCAGAGAUUUUUACCGGACUAAUUUUUCCUUAUCCAGAAAGACCUACUCUUCCAUAUACCAAAAGAUAAUGACCACAUUCGGGGGUUCCUACAGAAAAAACUACCUGAAAACGGAAAAAAUCGAAAAUCGACGAAAGUCCUAAAAUUCGAAAAGUCACGAGAAAUUCGGAAUAAAAUUUUCUUUGAGCACCAAAAUGGUGGAGAACAUGAACGUGAGUGUUGUCAUUUGUUUCAAAACAAAAAGAAGGAAGAAGCCCUCAAAUUAGGAGAAAAAUGAUUUUUCGAAUUUUGAGCCGAUUCGAGUUGAUCACCUUCGGUCGAAUGGAGGUCAACUAUCCCACCCCAGGGAUUUGUUGUAGAACUACUUUUUCUUGAAGAAGAAGACCCCUAGUUUCAUAAUCAGAAAUAAAAGUCGUACCAUAGGGGGGUUCUUACUCUUGUUAUGGCUCAAAAACUGAAAAAAUCGCUGUUUUUGAGGAAAUUUCAAUUUUUUUCUCCCCGUAGAAGUCGAGUUAGAAAAAAAGUUGCAACUGAAAAAAUACUCAAAAUAGUGUUUUCUUACAUUUCCGAACAUUUUUGAAUGAAAAUUCUCAACAGGAAAAAAUUUAAUUUUUUUCAGCUUACUGUCUAUAGUAUCUUUUUAAAAAGGGGCGGAGCCACCUGGAACCUGGUGCUAAAUAAUCAGAAGCGCGUGUGUGAGCCGUGACCACAUUUUGAGGCAAAUCAAAAAAACUUUUUUUAUUUUUGCUUUUUUAUUACUGAAAAAGUCAUCGAUUUUUCUCAGAGAACGUGUGUUAAGACCUUUUUGGACUUUGCCCGUGUUACGCGAAUUCAUUGUCUUUUUUUAGGAGAUAUGCGUUUAUUCUGGCCUUUCAAAUAUCAUACUUCCGCAAAAAAAUCCAACGGCUACACUUGAAAAAAAUUUAAUUUUUUUCACGAUUUCUUUUGCUUGUGAAAAGUAUAUUUCCAUUUGUCUGUCUCUAAAAAAAGCUUUUUUUCUUUUUUUGUUGAGAACUUUUUAUUAUUAACUCAUUCCUGAAUUUUUUUCAAAAGAGUCUUUAUUCCAGUUAGAUUCUUGGAAUUCCUUCCUUCAAUGAACUUCUUUUGAGGUCAGCCUCAGCACUUUGAAACGAUGUCUCAUUGUGAGUUACGAUGCCGAGAAAGACGAAGUUGAUAUGCGGCAUUAGUGAGUUUUCUUUUUUCAAUGUUUUGCAAAACUCUAGGGUUUUGAAUUUUUGGAAAUGUUCGACUUUUAAAGAUAUCUUUCACUUUUUUCCGAUCGAAUGAGUUAAACGUUUUUGAAUAAAGAAAAAUUUAAUGAAAGUUUUUAUAAAAAGGAAAUAAACUAUAAAAGUAAAAAUUUUGAGCGCUGUCCGCGUAGUGGCGUCAGGAUUGACCAAGCCGACGAAAAAGUUGGUCCAGGCGGGCAAAUCGGCGACAAAAGAGCUGCCCGACCUGAGCAAGUUCAAAGACAUCAGCGACUACUUCCUCAAGUCAGUUCUGGCUCUUUUCUUCCCAGUUCCAUCUCUGUUGCAGUCCGGGUCAACUCAGCGACAGCGAGUUCGAGGGAGAGCAGCAGGAGGUCGAACUCUCGCAGGACAUCAACCAGAGCCGCGGCUGCACCGCCGGCGACAAGAGCAACAUCAGGUAGAAGUCGAGCUCACAUUGCAGAAGUAUGAUCAUUAGAAAUGGGUUUUGUGUUGAAUAUGUCGUUUCGAAGAGCCUUUAAUUCCAACGGGUACCUAGAAGCGUACGAAAAAAUCAUGAUUUCGUAGCAAUUUUAAGUUCGAAAUGAGAGAAGGAGAGUUGUACAAGCACCGUAAAAGUUUUUUGUUCAUGAAAUUUCAAAUUUUAAAAAAGAAAGGCUCAAAAUCAUCAUGGUGUAUCCCUGCGGCAAUAUUCUCUGACCAAUACAAAAAAUUAAGAAAAUAAACAAAAAUCAUAAAAAAGUCGAUUCACUUCAAAUUUUUUUUCCGCGACGGUUUCAUUUUUUCAACAAUGAAAUUGAAGGUUACACGAAAUCGGCCCGCGACUCACCCUCGAGUUGGUGAAAAUACAAGAAGGAAUCGACGAUGGGGAAGUUUUGUACCAUAAAUUCCAAGAAAAAACGCCGGAGCAGCUUCUCAAGCUUCGAGCUCAUAUAGACAAAAAGAGGUGCGUUAUAUUAUCAGAGAUGGGCGGAAUCACGCGUUUUGUGCCUUUUUGAAGUUCUGCAAAAAAUAUUUUUCCGCAUUCCUCGUUUCCGAUAUGACUUCUUGAAAAAAAGCUUCAAUUAAAGUUUUCACUUGCUAACUGUUGAAAAAAAUAUCAUUUGAAAUAGCAAACUACAUAAUUUUCACCUUUAAAUUUUUCUACUGAGGAAAUCGUGAGUGCUUCCGCAUUUCGUGGCCAAUUCUUCGCCAAAUCCUUCUUUAUCCCAAUCAAAAUCCGAACCUUCUACAACGAAUCAUACAUUUUUUUUUGCCGAAUCAAUGUUUCAAGAGCUAAAUUGAAGUCUUUAAAAAUAAUGUGGGAGUACAAAUGAGGAAAGACCCCCAAAAAAAACAAAAAAGGUACCUGAAAAGUAGUUGAAACUGCCACUAUUAGUAAACUCGGUCGAAUAAAAAAUUUUGAAACAUUGAUUCGGUAAACAAUAGGCAUGAUUCGUUGAAGAAGGUUCGGAUAAAAAAUGUGGUUCGACCUUUGGAAAAAAAACGAUUUGGCGAAAAAUCCGCAUUCCGCAAUUUAAAAAAUUUCAUUCCGUCCUUCUCUGGCCUCUCGUUUCAUCGCUUUCUUUCCAGGCAAAUCAAGAAGAGGAAAGAGCAGGAGAACGAACAUCGCGUUAUCCAUCGCCUCAAAAUUGUACAGGAGAACAGAGAAAGAGAGGUAUUUCUUGAAUUUUCACCGUUCUUUCCAACUUUUUUUCAUUGCAUCGAAGAAAUCGAGAAAAUGAUGUAAAUAAUUUUUUUGUAAAAAAAUUGAAACAGCUAGUCAUGUUGCGACUGAAAAGUUUAAAAUUUCUAUUGAAGUUUCAUCUGAAGUUGAAUUUCGGAAAAAAAUUUUUAAAUCUCAGAUGUGGAAAGCCUGGUGUUUGAGAAUGUACUACUAUGAAUGAACUUCCUAAAACGUUUUUAAGAAAAUUUUUUAUUCGAAUUCAAGACUUGACUUUGAUAUUUUCGAACCUCAACUUCUGCUAAUAGUAUAUAAUGAGGCGAAUGAUUGACAGGAAGCCGAACUCAAGGCGAUUCGGGAGAAGGCCGCGCGGACCCAAGCUGCAGCUACGGGCCAAGCUGAAGAGGUGGAGAACGAGCGCGAGAAGGACCGCGAGAUUGCGCUGAACCGCGAGAGGUCCGUUUGUCUGUCGGAGGACUUUGUGAAAGAAAAAGUCGCACUGAUUCUUGUUGAUGAAUUGGAUUUUUUAAAUUAGUUUCCAUCUUCUUCUUCCUACGCCUUUGUAUUGCUUGAGCGGCGUCGGCACCCCAAGUCGGUUAGCCGGGGUCCUAUCCUGAUAUGAGUGAUAAUACGUGGACCUGCUCCAGUGACAUAUCCUUGUGGGACGGCUGGAUUUUUUUAAGUUGUGGUUUCCCCCUACCAAAGUUUCUUAAACCCUUGUCGCGACGGGGAUCGAACUUGUGAUCCUGUGGACCGUUGACAGGCACGCAACCUAUUGCGCUACAAUGCACCUUUUUCCAUAUGUUUUAUCAUUCAAUAUUAUUAUUGGAUACAGAAAAAAAAACAAUUGUCUAUAAAUAAUUUUUUCAAUUCAAAUCCAUAACGAAUCUAUUUUUCAGGGACCACAAAAGGAAGCUUAAAGAAGAACAAAGCACGGAUAGUGGAGCGCCCAAAAGAAAGAAAAAAUAG